GUAGUAAGCCGUGGCUGUGAGGCAGAAAUCCAGGAAGUCCAAGAUCAUGACUUCAGGUGUCAUUUGACUUUUUCUUAGCCGAUAAUCCAACGAUGGAUUAUUCCUGCGAGACGGAGAUACUAAUUUUUCAGGGAAUGAAGAAGCUUCGAAUCUUCCAUGCUGCCAGUCGCUGUUUCCUGCGAUUUCCGUUUCUUCCUUUAUACCAUUUCGGGCAUUUCUCUGUCUUUAUCCUAAGUUAAGAACACAAGACUAGCUCUUCUUGUUCGGAAUAAUUAUUUACUCAUCUAUUCCUUUGUUUCGGAGUUUAUCGUUGAAGCCGCCAGAUGAAAUAUCGCCUCUUUAGACUCACGCGCUUUAUGCUUUGGCUAAUUCCGCUGUUAUGGAGCUUAACUUGCCAUGUUUUGAGAUUAGAGAGCUCCCAAGUCUCGCUUGUGGAUCAUACUGAGCGAGGCUUUGAUGGCAUACACCCACCCUUAAGCCGUCCAGGCCGAUCUAUUUUGUCCUUUUCACGUAAGCCCAAUACGACCCUUGUUGCUACCCUAGAUGGGACAAUAUAUUUGGUGGAGAUUGGUUCUAUGAGGGUAAUAUGGUCAUUCCCUACUGGAUCACCAAUCUACCACUCAUAUCAAGCUCCUUUCAACAAGGAUAAUAUUAAAGAGAAUGUGUGUGGAUUAGCUAGCGGGUUCAUGGAAUGUGGAGAUGAUUGGGCACUAUAUAUCCAAAGCAAGCACUUUGGAAAAAUGAGACUCUCAACAUCUGUGGCAGAUUUUGUUGCGGCUACACCUACCUUUUCGGAUGAUGGAGGUGUUAUUCUUGGUUCCAGAAGAAGUACUUUAUUUGAAAUUGAUGCUAUAAGUGGAAAGCUCAUUCGAAGCUAUGCUGCUGAUAAUCUUUCUGCUCUGUGGAGGAGUGAUAUGCAUAAUGCAACAAAUAUUGUCAAUACAAAGAAUAAAGAGCUGGCUGGUCCUGCAAUGCUAAGCACACCAGAGCUUCUGCUUAAAAUAAUUAGAACAGAUUAUUCUCUACAAGGUGUCGGUCCUAGAUCUGGAAAAUUUUUGUGGACUAUGAAUGUGGCUGAAUUUAAGGCUUCAUUAUUCUGUGGACAUGAUGAAAAUCUGUUUAGUGGGGCUUCUUUGGAUUCAGAGGAUAAAUAUGCCUCCAACAAUGACUUGGAUUUUGCUAUGCCAUAUGCAUGUCAUGAGUUAAAAGAGGUACAUCGCCUGCAAAAGAAUCUUCUUUUUGGUGAUCAUCAUGAUGAGAAAAUGCUUCCUGUGCCUACUUCAGAUCUGAUGCUUCUCCCACAAUCAAAUUUAGAUAUAUCUUUAAAUCAACGUGAUGAUGAUACGAUGCUUCUUACCUCUCCAAAUGCGUUGCCUUCUUUGCCCUCAAAUUUUAAUCCCCAUGACAUUGAUGAUAAUGCAGCCACUCUCUCUCAACCUCCCACAGAGAUUAGCACACGAGGGGAAGUUGAUAGAAACAAGAUGACAGAAUGGCCAAGAGCAUCUUUAUUAUUGUUUGUGCUCUUACUUCUGGGUCUUUUGGUGCACCGUCUUCCGGUGGUCAAAAAGCUAGUUAUGUUGAUGGUUCAAAAUGGUGGAUCCGAAAUAAAAGCUUCUCCUUCUAAGAAAAAAAGAGCACGUAAGUCAGGAAAAAAUAAUGUCAUUGAUGACAAAAGAAAUAAGCAUCUGUCAUCAGAAGAUGAGGACGUAAUGGCAAGUAGCAAAGUUGCUAGAGAAGCAUUGCCACGUGCUGAAAAAGUUGAAGGAGCCAAUGGACGUCAAAUUGGUAAACUCUUCGUAUCAAAUAAAGAAAUUGCCAAGGGAAGUAAUGGUACUAUAGUCCUUGAGGGAAUGUAUGAAGGUCGGGCAGUUGCUAUCAAGCGUUUGGUCCAGGCCCAUUAUGAUAUUGCUGUUAAAGAAAUUCAAAAUCUUAUUGCAUCUGAUCAUCAUCCUAACAUUGUCCGAUGGCAUGGGGUUGAAUUUGAUCAAGAUUUUAUAUAUCUUGCUCUGGAACGUUGUAUGUGCAAUUUAGAUGAUUUGAUUCAGAUGUAUUCAGAUUGCUCUUCAAAACCAGGGUCUAGUGAAAACCAAUCUUCUGAAUGUUUGAAGGUCCAAAUAGAGAUGGGAAAGGGUAACAUGCAAGAGCUUUGGAAAGCAAAUGGCUAUCCAUCCUCAUUAUUAUUGAAGUUGAUCAGGGAUAUAGUUUCUGGACUUGUUCACUUGCAUGAAUUGGGAAUAAUACAUCGUGAUUUGAAACCUCAGAAUAUUUUGAUAACUAAGGAAAGACAUUUAGGUGCAAAAGUGUCUGAUAUGGGUAUCAGCAAACGCCUUCUUGGAGAUAUAUCUUCCUUUAGUCAUAAUGGUACUGGUUGUGGCAGUUCUGGUUGGCAAGCACAAGAACAGCUUCAUCAAAGACGUCAAACGCGAGCAGUAGAUUUAUUUAGUCUAGGUUGUGUUCUCUUCUUUUGCAUAACUAAGGGAAAACAUCCAUUUGGAGAGCGUCUUGAACGUGAUUUCAAUAUUGUGAAAGAUAAAAAGAACCUUGCUCCAGUGGAGUUCAUUCCUGAGGCUGAAGAUCUUAUUUCUAGUUUAUUAAACCGUAAUCCAAAGUCAAGGCCAAAGGCUAUUGAAGUGCUGCAUCAUCCUUUUUUCUGGAGUUCUGAGAUGAGACUUUCAUUUCUUCGUGAUGCUAGUGAUAGGGUGGAACUAGAAGACAGGAGUCCUAAUUCUAAUUUUUUAGUGGCAUUAGAAAGUAUUGCGCCACAGGCCUUAGACAAUGCAAAUUGGAAUGAAAAGAUGGAACCUGCCUUCAUUGCUAACAUCGGCCGAUACAGGCGAUAUAAGUAUGACAGUGUUCGUGACUUGUUGCGGGUUAUGAGAAACAAGCUGAAUCAUUAUAGAGAAUUGCCUCGAGAAAUUCAGCAACUUCUAGGACCUGUUCCAGAAGGGUUCAAUGACUACUUCGCUAGUCGAUUUCCUAAACUCUUAAUUAAAGUGUAUAAAAUUGUACGUAAAUAUUGCAAGCAGGAGGAAUGCUUCCAAAGGUAUUUUAAUAAUGUUGAUUAGUACAAGUGUUGUCUGUGAAUUAAACUGUUAUUAUCUAGUCUAAUGUAAUGUACAAAUGUUGCAAUACGUAUUUCAUUUUCAUUUAAGCA